AUGGUUGGUGGUUUAGUCCAUCUUCGAUUACUUACGAUAUUUGUGAGUCUUCUGUACGCUCAGCUUGCAUUCGUGACUGCAGAUGACGUGCAAAAGAACUCAGAGGAGUGUACCGUUCGACUCGGACUUCAAUCCACAGCUCAAGGUGUACGAAAUAUCACAUUUAACGGAGUGCAAUUUUGUGAAUAUCUUGGUAUUCGGUACGCAAAGCCUCCCGUUGGGCUCCUUCGAUUUGCAGAUCCAGUGUUUGAGGAACCAGAAGGUGACAACAAUUACAUCGCUUAUGGGAACAAAUGCCCACAGUUCGAUGAUAUCAACGAACAGUCAUCCGUGAUCGGAGCGGAGGACUGUCUGUUUUUGAAUAUUUUCACUACAGUGAACAACUCGACUAGCCGAAAUGGUAGCGGUCAGCGCGUCUUGCUCCCAGUGAUGGUGUACAUCUUCGAUUCCGGCGAAGUUCAUGGCGUCGAUUUGCUUAUGGAAAAUGAUGUGAUCGUAGUAACGAUCAACUAUCGACUUGGGGUGUUUGGAUUUUUGAAGGAUGAAAAGCACAAUAUCAAGGGAAACUAUGGACUGAAGGAUCAACUCGUGGCUCUCCAGUGGAUACAGCGCUAUGUUAGAAAUUUUGGUGGCGAUCCCAAUCGUAUUACAGCGAUGGGACACAGUUCUGGCGCUGCCGACCUCUCCAAUCACCUGUAUAACGAUCGGGCUCGAGGAUUGUUUCAGGGAGCUAUUCUUCUGAGCGGCUCGAUGCUUGCACCUUGGGCGAUGCUGUACGAAGGCGAAGAGUGCAUGGAUAAUUAUGUGCGAGACCUCAACGUGUCGACACUGGAGGAGCUUCGUGAGAAAUCAUUUGAAGAGUUUUUCCUAAAGGAUGACGGAUUUCUUCACUGUUUUGCCUUCUCCAGUAUGUUCUAUCCAUGCUUCCUACCAACGCUAGAGGAUCACCCUGACGAUGAAGCGUCAUACUUCAAGCAGUCCCCUCACCAGUUCGUUCGAACGAAGGCUCCACAUCCGAUACCAAUGCUGAUCGGUGAAACCUCCACCGAGUAUGAGCUCAUGCUUAAGCAUGUGUCGGGCUUCUGGAUGAGUAAUAACUACCCCAACAAUCGACGUCAUGAGCACAUGCAGGAGAUUUCAAUAAUUUUCGAAAACAUUAGUAUCUGGAUGGUCUUGCAAGGAUUGGAAGACUCACAGCGUCAAUUCUAUCGCAAGAUGGCAAACAUGGCCAACAUGCAUUAUCCCAUCAAAAGGUGGCUGAAGGAGACGGUGCAAUUGUUGGACAACCAGCAGGUUUACUAUUUACGCUUCCAGUUCGACGGAAAGUUUGGAGAAUAUAAACACAAAAUAUAUGCUCACUACGUGGACAACUCGUUGUACGGAGCAAUUCACGGAGACGAUCUUAGCUACAUUUUUAGCCCUUAUAACCUGAAGGAGGCACUAGAGAAUCGGAGCGAAUUCCGCCGUGAGCUAUCGGUGCACCAAAAAACGGUAGAGUUGAUAACUAAUUUCGUGAAAUAUGGAAACCCAACACCGAAACGCAGUGAACUAUCUGAUCUUGUCUGGCCUUCGUACAGCGAGUCACGUAAUCAAACGCUGUACCUGAACAUAGACGACGAGUUUCAGGUGCGGGACGUCGAAGAUCGACGAAAUAUUUACUUCAUGAUCUGGCGAAUCAUUUAUGAAUGUUUUUACUACGCACAUUGCGAGGUUGUGACGAAACUACACCAGCUGGUGAGAUAUACGUUGUUGGCAACACUGUUCACAGGGAAUGAUACAAAUCUGCCUCAUUGA